AUGGGCAGCCUCAAUUUCCGGGGUUCCAAGCAGGACUCGAAUGGCUGGAAGAAGGCGGCAAAGGUCAACUGCGUCGUCCUCAGUGUCAUGUCGGUGGCUCUGCUGGCCUGUACCAUCGCAGCUUUGUCGCAUGACGCGCAACAUGCCCUGUUCUUCUACGAUGGCGACUGCGGCGGAAAGAAUGUGGCCUCGGUCAACCUGGCGCUCCAUUUGCUGAUUAAUAUCGUUUCGACUCUAGUGUAA